GUUUGAGCAAAGGCUGUUCACGAUUACCUAUGGUUUGUCGUCCAUCGUCAUGUUUCGCCCGACGGGGAGGAUCAACGACCGCCCGACGUUGGACAUGCUGCAGAUUGGCCUGCGGGUCGCGGAGCGGGUUUUGGAGAGCAAUGACCAGAUUGGCGGGUCGGGUGGAAGUCGAGGUGGAUCUUCUUCUACUUGUUCCGUGAAGAAGGAACUUUUCAUCGUUUUAAAAGACGUGGUGGACGAGGAGCAGUGCAGUUCCGAUGAGGAAAUGUCCUCGUCUUUCGUUUCCGGAGAUGAAGAUCAGGACGUCGACGAUAUGAAUUGCAAAUAUGUCUCCUGGGCCUGGAAACUUGUAAUGCUCAAAGUGAAUGAUAGACGCACUGCGAUACGCAGCUAUGCAUGACAAAUUUUUGGGCUGCCAGUGCCAUGUCUUACGUAUUCCGCAUGGCAAACUGCGUUUCUGCAUGACAGGGAAGAGGGCCUUUUCGUGCCUAGGCAACGCAGAUUCUCCAGUCAAUCAUGCCAGACAAGCAUGACAAACUUGUAUUCUUCCAGACUCAGACCACAUUUUUGCAUUUGAUAGACGACGACCCAGAGCAAUCUGACACCCAGGAGGUAGAUGGCCAACAAGACCAAGAAGAAGAUUAUCAGGAAGACGAACACUGCGGUUCGACGUCGAUCUACGACCGGGGGGAAGCCACGUGGGUGAACAUCGGAACUGACGCUGAGGAAACCGAUGUCUCCGC